GGCUGGAGCCCCUGGCCGGGUAAUUAACGGAGGAUUAAUGAGAUCCCCAAAGUCAACAGAAAAAUCGAUGGGCCGAGGAGCCGGGAGCAGAGGCUGCGCGGUCCCGCGAGCGGAGGGCGUCAGGGGUGUCGGUGCGGGCGCAGGGGCCUGACCUGGCCCAACGAUCUGCGCAGCUCGCAGUUGCUGGUCGGCCGGCCGCGAUGCCCGCCCAGGCCUCAGCCCCUUCUCAGGCUCCAUCCACAGCCUCCCCAGAAGCACAGGAGACUGGAGCAGCCCCGGCCGGGGAGAACCAAGUGGAUGUGGGGGCCGAGAAAACUGGAGCUCCUGCCUCGCCCCACCAGAAGUCCUGGCUGGUGCGGCAUUUCUCACUGCUGCUGCGGAGGGACAGGCAGGCCCAGAAGGCAGGGCAGCUCUUCUCAGGGCUCCUGGCCCUCAAUGUGGUGUUCCUGGGUGGAGCCUUCAUCUGCAGCAUGAUCUUCAACAACGUGGCCAUCACCCUGGGCGAUGUGUGGAUCCUGCUGGCUGCACUCAAGGUCCUGUCCCUCCUCUGGCUCCUCUACUAUGCCACCUGCACCACCCGCCACCCACAUGCUGUGCUCUACCAUGACCCUCAUGCGGGACCCAUUUGGGUGCGGGGCUCCCUGGUGCUCUUCGGCAGCUGCACCAUCUGCCUCAAUAUCUUCCGAGUGGGCUAUGACGUGAGCCACAUCCAUUGCAAGUCGCAGCUGGAACUCAUCUUCCCUGUCAUCGAGAUGAUCUUCAUCGGUGUCCAGACCUGGGUGCUCUGGAAACAUUGUAAGGACUGUGUUCAGGUCCAGACCAAUUUCACUAGGUGUGGCCUAAUGCUGACCCUGGCCACAGACCUGCUGCUGUGGGUUCUGGAUGUCACCAACGACUCCAUGCACCACAAGAUCAAGGCUGAGCUCAACACCCUCAUGGAAAACUUCUCAGGCAAUGACACCAACACCUGCCUGUGUCUCAAUGCCACGGUGUGCGAGGUCUUCCAGAAGGGCUACCUGAUGCUCUACCCCUUCAGCACCGAGUACUACCUCAUCUGCUGUGCUGUGCUCUUUGUCAUGUGGAAGAACGUGGGCCGCCGCCUGGCACCCCACCCAGGUGCCCACCGUGGCACCCCUCCCUUCCACCUGCACGGGGUCAUCUUUGGGCCACUGCUGGGCCUGAUGGCACUGGUGGCAGGCGUGUGCGUCUUCGUGCUCUUCCAGAUCCAAGCAAGUGGCCCUGCCAUUGCGUGCCAGUACUUCACCCUCUACUAUGCCUUCUACAUAGCUGUGCUGCCCACCAUGAGCCUGGCAUGCCUGGCGGGCACGGUCAUCCACGGGCUGGAGGAGCGAGAGCUGGACACGCUCAAGAACCCCACCCGCAGCCUGGACGUGGUGCUGCUCAUGGGCGCAGCGCUGGGCCAGAUGGGCAUCGCCUACUUCUCCAUCGUGGCCAUCGUGGCCACCCAUCCCCAUGAGCUGCUCAACCGCCUCAUCCUGGCCUACUCGCUGCUGCUUAUCCUGCAGCACAUCGUCCAGAACCUCUUCAUCAUCGAGGGCCUGCACCGGCGCCCGCUCUGGGAGUCGGCUCCCGAGGCCCUGGCCGAGAAGCGGGAGGCUGAGCCACCCCGCCGCGACUCCCUGCUGGAGCUGGGCCAGGACCUGCGGCGGGCCUCGCUGGCCUACAUCCACUCCUACAGCCACCUCAACUGGAAGCGGCGGGCACUCAAGGAGAUCUCGCUCUUCCUCAUCCUCUGCAACAUCACGCUGUGGAUGAUGCCUGCAUUUGGCAUACACCCGGAGUUUGAGAACGGGCUGGAAAAGGACUUCUAUGGCUACCGGACCUGGUUCACCAUUGUCAACUUUGGCCUGCCUCUGGGGGUCUUCUACCGCAUGCAUUCCGUGGGGGGGCUGGUGGAGCUCUAUUUGGAGGCCUGAGGCUGCCCAUGGACCAAGCCCCAGAAGAACUUCAAAGGGCCAUGGCUGGGGAGAAGGUAGCCCAGAACCUCUGAGCAGGGGGGCCUAGACCGGACUGGGUUCUGCACAGCCUCCCCCUCCCCAGAUCCUCAUGCCCCCACGUGGGGGGCAAGGUCUGCAGCCCAAGACGGAGGGCUGGGCCUGGACACUGAGCUUCUGAACCCCAUGCCCAAGAUGGGCACAUGCCUGCCCCUGCUCACCAUCACAAUCAGGACACCCCAGGGUACACCCCAGGAAGCCUGGGUCAAGGAGGGGUGCCUCAGGGGUCUGCCUCCUUCUGUGGGAAGGAAACUUGGUCUGAACUCAGGCCAGAACAUCCCAGAAGAAGCUUCCAGCCUGGAAGGCAGCCCUGGCCCUCCCUCCCCACGUCCCCUGUCUCCUAAUGAGCUCAUUAAUUAGCUACCAGGCAGGGUUCAACAGCUCUCUCCUGCUGCCAUAAACCCUGUUUGUUUGAUCGAUUA